AUGGGGUUGGGCCGAAUUCCGGGCGCCGGGAGGCUGCGGAGAAGAGUCGAGAGGGUGGCAGCUGGAAGCCGUUAGCGAGAGCUGAGAUGUUCCGGAUCGAGGGCCUUGCGCCGAAGCUGGACCCGGAGGAGAUGAAACGGAAGAUGCGCGAGGAUGUGAUCUCCUCCAUACGGAACUUCCUCAUCUACGUGGCCCUGUUGCGAGUCACUCCUUUUAUCUUAAAGAAAUUGGACAGCAUAUGAAGAGUGGGUGUCACGUGUGAAUGCAUGGUGUGAAGAACCUGGCUGCAGUUUCUUCUCCUAUCUGCAAGUGAAUAGGCCCAGAAAGAUGGAAGAGACUCUUCGACUGAAUGGACAUAAAAAUUCUGCUUGUUAAGAACAAUUUUGGCUCUGGUAACUGACCUUUAUAGCUAAAACUUUUUGGCAAGUAUGAAGAGACGUUUUACGGUUCUAGUGUUCCCUUAUACCUGUGAUAUCAGCCUCGAUGAAUGUUGGUGUAAUUGUACAUCAUGAUGUCAAACUCCAUUUUCUAGCAAGUAUGAAUUAUAAGGGAAUUAUGUCUGCAAUGGCCCUGUCUUGUGAGUCAUUUCUGUGUACCUUUUUACUUCUGUUUGGAGUAUAUUUGUUGAAGAAUUCCUCUCCAUUAGUUAUUGUUUCAUGGAAACCAGCACACAAACAUGUCAUAUUUUUAAUAAGAAAAAUAGGGCUUUUAUUUUUCUUAUUUUAUUUUUCUUUAACCCACAUUUUUGCUGCAAAUGAACAAUCACUGGUGAGACGACUGUAACAUUGAGACUAUUACAAACCACAUUAAAUUGAGUUCCUCCUGUUUGGGACUGGAGAAUUUGCUUGUCCUGAUAAAACAACAUGGUUCUAUUCUUAAGAAGGCUUUAUGAAAGGCAGCAUUACUACUUGAGCCUGAGAAUAUGUAAAACCACCAAAGGGGAAAAUGCUGUAUUUUUAAAGUCAGGCAAUUCUCCAGGUUUGUUGGGAGAAGGGGAGAGUCCUUAACUUUCCUCCCAGAUACCAUGACAUUCACCUCUUUUUCAAGAAUUACCUUGAGUUUACUUCCUGUCUAUAAAUAACAAUUAUGUUGUUACUUUAUGAUUUUUCUGUUUUAGACAUUGCCUGCUGACUUCUCCUGCAUGUGAGGACUAUGUCUCUUUCCUGUCCUCACCUCCGUCUCUCACACAUCUCAUUUCUGCUUCCUUUCUGUGUACUUAUUAGUGUGAUUUCAUUAGGACUCCAGACACUGUUGUUGCCUUUUCCUGCAUAUCCUUUUGAUUUUCCUAGGCUUAGUUUUCUGAACUUAUCACACUAAAUCAGCUAAACUUUUUGCCAUGUAUUUAAAUUGUUCAGUGUUCAGUGUCAUGAGGGGUGCUGUUUUGUCUUAAGUUUUUCCUGGAAAAAGGGCUUAUUUGGGACAAGCUGAAUUUGGUUUACGGGACACCUGCUCUAAAGUACAGGGCAGAAUCUGGCAAAGUGUGAAACAGCCUCCAACAUUACAGAACUGUUUUAUUAUAUUAAAGUGAGAUGCUUGUUCUCUUGCAAAUA